AUGUUUGGGGAGAAAACAAAGUUAUCAAUAAGCAAAUUGGUAGUUUUUCCUAAACACGAGGACCUGAAGAAACCACCCGACAUUAUACAGAUUGUAAUGAAACGGUCAAAAAAGCUAGCUGAUCUGCGAAACGCAUACAAAGACAGAGAUAAACGAUUCCCUCAGUAUAACGUGGGCGAUCAGAUCCUGAUCAAAGAACAUAGGUUAUCCUCCGCUGAGGAUAAGGAGACCCAUAAAUUAUUCCUGAUCUACCACGGACAAUACCAAAUACAAGCAGUACAUGAUAACAACACGGUAACUAUCCAAAUCAAUGGAAGUCAUCGAACCAUCAACUUCAAAAACAUCAAGAGAUACUACAAACUCGUGAGCGGUGUAUCUCAAACAAAUAAUUAA